CAAACAAGUUUUAGUUGCCUACGGGAAUGAAUGGUAACAAUAUCGUGCGAUCUGCAUGCCUAUCUAUCUGUUUUUGGAAAAAGGUCGCGAGUGUUUGUUCCACUGCAUUCAGUGUACUUCUUUUGGCACUUAUUUGGCUUGGAUCACCUGAUUGCUUGAUCUUCCCCUCCCGCAAGACUCACAUACGUUACUACCCAAAAGCUCAGUGUUCAAGAGUUAUAGCUCAUCAAUAACCUCAUUGCGAUACACUUGUCUAUUGUCAGAACAGCUGCAACCAUGACAGACUGGAAGAACGCCGAGUACACUCUCUAUUCAUCCCCCUUCUCUCUCUACUCAAUGAUGGCCCGUCAUACAAUCCAACUUGGCCCGACGACUCAUGGCGCAGCCCCACCCAAAAGCAUCACUCUGCACUUCAUUAACCACAAGGCUCAUGAAAAUCUCAGUGAAGAUUACUUGAUCAACGUGAACCCAAGAGGUCAAGUUCCGGCUAUGAAGGGUAACUUUCUCAGAGAAACACUUACUGAGAGUCGUGCCAUAUCCCUCCAUCUGGCAGAGAAGCACUACCCUGCCAUGCUAGGAGCCAAACAUGAGUAUGUUGUCAGGGAUCUCUUUGAAAGGCUGCAUUCUGUAUAUGGGCUAUCAAUUAGCAACCCGAAUCCGACGCCAGAGAUGACUCAGCGAAAUCCUUCGCCAGUCGAAAAGAUACUCCAAAGGACAGAUAUCAGUCCGCAAUAUCGCGCCGCUUUGGAAGCCAAGCUUGCCUUUCAUAACCAGCAUAACGCGGUAGCCUUUCAACCUGAUGUUGUAGCUAAGCAUCGUGCGGAUCUCAAGGCUAUCUUUGAAGAGGUUGUCGAGCAUCGCAGACAAAGUAGUUCCUACGAGAAACAUGAUGAAUGGACUUUUGGCUCGGAUAUUGGACCAACCAUCCUCGAUAGUCAUCUGCUCCCUUUUACCUUGCGCUGUCUGGAAGUUGGAAACGAUGAUCUUGUACCUCCAGAGUUGCAGCGUUGGGCUAAGGUGAAAGAAAAGAGCCCAUCAUGGCAAAGGGUCAUGCAUGGAAGGCCAACUACAUAUCAUCCUUCGAUGGGUCCUGUUGCAGAGAUGUCCGAUAUGAUGACUCUUUGAUGCCACUGAUAUGGUGCUACUAAUGUAUUUACAAUAUUUGCCCCAGCUAUAGACAGCAACAAAAACUCUUGAAGAUAGAAGUUCAGCGA